CCAUUUCAAUCGCUAUUUGCGGAUGGAAGGAAGUGACGUGUUUGGCCCUCAGACGUUUCCGGUUAGUUAACGCGCACAUUCAAAACAACAGACGGGAAGCGUUUUUUUAUGGCAAUUGAUCGAUUAUUUUCUUACUAAUUCGAUAAAACAUGUCCAAAUUUAAAUUAGGAGCGUGCUGCUCGGUUGUUGGCUGUUCACUCAGGCCUGGAACUAACUUACUUUCGGAAAUUAAAGCUUAUAGAUUUCCUAAAAACAAAAAUCAGCGUGACGCCUGGAUUACAGCAGUGAAGAGAGAAGGCUGGAUACCAACAAGCAACUCUAGGAUAUGCAGCACACAUUUUAUCUCUGGAAAGCCAUCAGAUGAUCCUCUACAUCCAGAUUACAUACCAUCAAAGCUUCCUCACAGACCUGAUACCUUCAGAAAUAUGGACCGGUAUCAGAGGUCUCUGAGACGGGCGUCACAGGUUUCUGAGAUGAGCAUUGGAGUUCAGCCUACUGAGGAAGUGCAGGACAUGGACAUAGAUGUAACUCAAGUUAAGUCCUUCAAUGAUAUGUGUGUUGGAACAGAUCUCACAAUGAGUGAUAUUGAAGAUAUGCAGAAACAGAACACAUCUUACAAAGAGCAAGUGAGAAGCCUACAUAAAAAGGUACAAACUCUCACCAGUGAGCGGAAAAGACGGAAAUCUGAUGUGGAUUUAAACGAUGAUGGAAUCAUUCACUUCUACACUGGCCUUCGCUCAUGCAAAGUGUUUUUUGCCCUUUUGACAUAUCUCACCACUGCUUGGAGUCCGAGAACACAUAGUCCUCCAACACCUCUCCAGUUUUACUUGGUCUUAAUGAAACUGAGACUUGGCCUCACUCAUAAAGAUCUUGCCUUCAGGUUUCAUUGCAGUUGUGCUACAAUCUCUGCAAUAUUUCACGACUGGUUAAACGUGAUGACACAGCGUUUCAGCUCUCUAAUUCGUUGGCCUUCUAGGGAAGAGAUUAAAAAAAAUCUUCCUGACUUGUUCAAAACCCCCCCAUUCAAUUCAGUGAGGUGUAUCAUAGACUGCAGCGAGAUUUUUAUUGACCGACCAACAUCACUCAGUGCAAGAACAAUGACAUACUCCAACUAUAAGUCCCACAACACCAUCAAAUUCCUGGUUGGCAUCAGUCCAACGGGGUCAAUCACAUUCCUUUCCAAGUCUUGGGGUGGUAGAGCCAGUGACAAAACAAUCACAAAAUCAUCUGGUUUAAUUGAUCUUUUGGAAGAGGGAGACAUUGUCAUGGCUGACAGAGGGUUCAGUUUCCCUGAGUAUUUUGCUGCAAAAGGAGUCCAGCUACUCAUACCAGCUUCAACCCGUGGAAAGACGCAGCUUUCAGGACAAGAAGUGUCUGUGUCACGUCAAAUGUCAAGGUUGAGGAUUCACGUGGAAAGAGCUAUUGGUCGUAUUAAAAAGUACUGCAUUCUGAAACAAACACUCCCUGUAAACUUGGUGAAGCGAAGAUCAGUAGACACUGUGGCAACUGUGGAUAAAAUUCUUCUGGUUUGUUCUGCAUUAUCGAAUUUGGACAAGUCAUUAAUUCAGUAAAAAAAACCACGAGACACUGACAGGUGGUUAAAAACCUUUUAUUUUGUUAUUGAAUGAUUGUGUACAUCAUUCUGUAUAUCUAUUGUAUAUAGAUUUCUAUUGGAUAAAUGUUUGGUCUUAAAUUAUCAUUUUUACAAUUAUUACAUUUACAAUUAUUAAAUUAAAUGAUCAUAAUCAACAAUUAUUAAACAUUUGUUUGUUAAUGAGAAUAUUUGUUGUCCUGCAAUUGAUUGAACGUAUUACAAUUAUUAAAAUAACAAUUUUAACAAAUUACUGGGAAGGUUGUGUAUGAAUUCACAUUUUUUUGGAUUAUGGUGAACAAACUGAACAAAACCAUUGCUCACCAGGGUGCCUUUUUAAGCCUACACAUUUCAGGUGAAACACCUUGUGACAGACAGAGCACUGUGUGACACAUGUUUUAGACCUGCUUUUACACAAACAGGAAGUCUCUGCGAUCAGAAAUUGUUUCAUCAGU